AUGGGUCCAAAACAGAAAAGCAAAAAGAAAGGUGAAAAAAAGAAAAAGACAGUAACUGAUGAAAAUGCUAAUGCCGAACCUGAAAUACAAAUGGAAGAAGGUACUAAACAAUUUUAUUCAACACAAAUUCAAAGUCUUCGAAAAAAAGUUACUGAUUUACAAGAAGAAUGUGAUGGUUAUUUAGUUUCUCAACAGAAAAAUGCUGAACGUUUAGAAACAUUAAAAGAAAUACGUCUUGGUUCUCGUGCUUAUCUUGGACGUCAAAUGGAUGAAAUUAAUUUAGAAAUAAAUCAUUUAAAUCGUCAAUUACGUGAAUUAGAUGAAUUAAAAGAAUCUGAACGUGCUGAAUUAACAAAACAAAUAAAUGAUUUACGUACAAAAGAUUUACAAGAAACAAAAGAAAAAAAUGAAAAUGAAAAUCAUAUGUUAAGAUCUAAAUUAAAUUCUUUAGAUGAAUUAAAAAGUAAAAAAGAAACAUUAUUAAGUGAAAUUAAUCAAUUAGAUGAACAAUUAAAACAACAAGAACAUGAAUAUCAAGAAGAUAUUUAUCAUAGAGAAAAAGCAGCUGUUUUAGAAAAAGACAAAUUACGUAAAGAAAUGGGAACACGUGUAAAUGAUUUAUCAUCGGAAUUUCGUCGUGUAUCAAAAAUGCAAGUUGUACAAACAACAAGACAAAUUAUUCUUGAAAAUGUUCGUCUUAAUAAUCAAAUGGCACUUAUUGAAAAUGAUUAUAAUGAAUUUGAAGCCAAAAAUGGAAAUAUUCGUGAAGAAAAAAAAAGUAAAUCACUUGAAUAUAGUUUACUUGAUGAACGUGAACGAAUGAUGGCAAAAAAAAAUCGUAAAACAUAUCAAUUAAUUGAAAAAUUAACUGAUGAAUGUACAGCUAAUGAACAAUUUAUUGCAAGUCUUGAUGAAAAAUUAUCUUCAUUUGAUUAUACUCAACAAUUAAUUGAUGAAUUAGAACAAUUAAAUGAAAAAACCGAAAUACGUCUUAGUCAAGCCUUAGAAGAAAAUGAAUCAUUACGAAGUAGUAUUACUCAAGGAGAACAAACUCUUUCACAAUAUGGACAUGAUAUGAAUAAAGCUAAACGUGUUAUUGGAAAUACUGUUCAAGCAUUAAAACAUGUUAUACAAGGUUCUUCGGAAACAUUGGAUGCUAGUCGAAAAAUUGAUAUUCGUUUAAAUGCUUUUCAAAAUAUUCUUCAACUUCUUAAUGUUGCUACACAACUUGGUAUUGGACCUAAAUUAAAUGAUUUAGCUGCUAAAAAUGAAAGUGAUCCAUUAUUAACUACGAUUGAAGUUGAUACUUUACCUUCACCAAUUCAACCAUUAGGUGCUCUCAAAAAAGUAAAAACAAAAUCAGUUGGUGUUCAAACAAGUAUUUCUAAUCGAAAUCCUACUCCAUAUCAUUUACAAACUGAUUCUUCAACAUUACCACGACAAUCAUCAACAGUUGAAAAACAUUAUUCAUCAUUACUUUCUGCUUGA